AUGCCUCUCCCCUGGUUCACGCCUUGGGCGAUCCUGAUGCUGUUGGACAGAAUCUGGCGCGAGGAGGAGUCGCCCGAGGCGAAGCUGGACCAUGAGCAGGAGAAGCCAGCCCAGCAGAAACGGUCGACCCUGGAGGAAUGUGCCGACCAGUGCACCGUCCGGUGGCAACAAUGCCAACAGGCUCCCGUGAUGGACAUGGCUUUUUGUGCGUCUCAGUACAAGCACUGCCUGGGUUACAAUCCUUUCAGACACGGCUACAAGGUUCCCCUCGCUUGCAAGGUCAAGAGGGACUUUGUUCCUGACGGCCCGGCUUCGCUCCCUGCCGAUGCCGCUGCCGCUCGUGAUGGUCUUGAUGCUCCUGGUGCUCACGACUCUCGUGACAACCGUCCGCCCGAGGCAAAGGCCGUGAACGAUGCUCCUGCCGCCACGGAAACCCCUUCUGUCUGUGCUUCUCACUGCCUCAUCGAGUAUUACAACUGCAAGGCAUUGCCCAACUUUGUCCACUGCCCGACCAUGCUCGUCCAGUGCCUUGGCUACAACCCUUUCUAUGCGGGCCGCAUCAACGAGCAUUCACGUAUCCUCUCGUGUGCCAAAGACCCGAAGCCCACUCCAACGCCGACCGUCGUCCAGGACAAGUGUGCCAAGGCGUGUACCGACGACUUCAACGCCUGCAUCAAGGUGCCGAAUGCCUAUAAUGCAUUCUGUGCUUCUCAAAUCAUUCAGUGUGUCGGUUACAACCCUUUCGAGGACGGUGGCUUCCAGGUUCCUACUACUUGCGCGGCGAAGACUACGGUUGAAUCGACCUCUACGGUUGAAUCGACCUCUACCAUGGAAUCGACCUCUACGGUUGAAAUGACCUCUACCAUGGAAUCAACCUCUACCAUGGAAUCAACUUCUACCGUGGAAUCAACCUCUACCGUCGAAUCAGCCUCUACGAUCGAGGUUACCUCUACGGUUGCGGUGUCUACGAUUCAGGCGACUUCUACAAUCGAAUCAACUUCUACCAUUCGCCCGAAUUCAACCAUUCCCUCAACUCCUACGCCCACCCCAGCUGCCCCAGCUCAGACCCCUCAACCUAUUCAGGAUGCUUGCGCCAAAAAGUGUACCGAUGAGUGGAACGCCUGUCGUUCUGAGCCUGGAGCCAACCAGUCUCUCUGCGCUUCCAACUUUGGCAAAUGUAUUGGAUACGCACCGUUUCUGGAUCCUGCCAAUUACACAUUGCCCACGUCGUGCGUCACUCCGGCUAGGAACACAACGACCGAGGCUCCGUCCCCCAUGGCUGGCUUUCCCAAUUCAACGACCAUGGCCAUGUCCACCAAUUCCACUACGCCUGGUCUGACCAUGAGUCCUGGCGCUGUGGGCUGUCAGACGCCCUUUGUCACUACUUGGGUGCCAACAUCUACUAUCUCGGCACCCUUGACCGUCACUGCUGCCGCUGGUCAACUUGAGCCUGCAAUGUCCCUGGCUGCUAUGGCUGCUCUUGCUGCUGCCGUGUUCCAGUGGACCCGGAUUCAUCGACAAGACAUUGCCGGCAUUCGCUGA